UGAAGAAGUUUGGGGGAAAAAAAGUUUGGAAAAGUUUCUAUAAUACCGAGGGGGCGUCCAGAGGGAGGCGGCAGCGGUGGAGGAGGGGGCGUCUGAGAGAAGGGGAGGGAGGGAGGCACCGGCGAAGAUACGACAGCCUCCUGCUCUGCCCCCCUCCCUCCAGACCCGGACCCCGGGGCUCUGGCCGGAUCCAUGGGGGCAGCGAGCUGCGAGGAUGAGGAGCUGGAAUUCAAGUUGGUGUUCGGGGAGGAAAAGGAGGCCCCCCCACUGGGCGCGGGGGGGUCAGGGGAAGAACUGGACUCAGAGGACACCCCAACAUGCUGCCGUCUGGCUCUGGGGGAGCCCCCUCCCUAUGGUGCUGCCCCUAUUGGCAUCCCCCGCCCUCCACCCCCACGGCCUGGCAUGCACUCACCACCACCUCGCCCGGCCCCCUCGCCUGGCACCUGGGAGAGCCAGCCUGCCCGGUCAGUGAGGCUGGGGGUGCCAGGAGGAAGCUCUGGGGGGGCGGGGGGAACACGUGUUCUCGAAUGCCCCAGCAUCCGCAUCACCUCCAUCUCCCCCACACCUGACCCACCAGCCACUCUAGAAGACAACCCCGAUGCCUGGGGGGAUGGCUCCCCCAGGGAGUAUCCUCCACCAGAAGGUUUUGGGGGCUAUCGGGAGGCUGGGGGUCCCGGUGGGGGCUCUUUCUUCAGCCCAAGCCCUGGCAGCAGCAGCCUGUCCUCCUGGAGCUUCUUCUCUGAUGCCUCUGAUGAGGCCGCCCUGUAUGCCGCCUGCGAUGAGGUCGAGUCUGAGCUCAAUGAGGCGGCCUCCCGCUUUGGCCUGGGCUCUCCACUGCCCUCACCCCGGGCAUCCCCCAGGCCAUGGACCCCUGACGAUCCCUGGAGUCUGUAUGGCCCCAGCCCUGGAGGCCGAGGGCCAGAGGAUAGCUGGUUACUCCUCAGUGCUCCUGGGCCCAGCCCAGCCUCGCCAAGGCCUGCCUCUCCAUGUGGAAAGCGGCGCUAUUCCAGCUCGGGAACCCCAUCUUCAGCCUCCCCAGCUCUGUCCCGCAGAGGCAGCCUGGGAGAGGAAGGUUCGGAGCCACCUCCACCACCCCCAUUGCCUUUGGCCCGGGAUCCCAGUUCCCCUGGCCCCUUUGACUACGUGGGGGCCCCGCCAGCUGAGAGCAUCCCCCAGAAGACCCGGAGGACUUCCAGUGAGCAGGCAGUGGCCCUGCCUCGGGCUGAAGAGCCUGCCCCCUGCAACGGGAAGCUGCCUUCAGGACCAGAAGAGACCCCGGCUCCUGGGGGGCCUCGGAAGGAGGUGGCCAGCAUGGACUACCUGGCAGUGCCCUCCCCACUGGCUUGGUCUAAGGCCCGGAUUGGGGGUCACAGCCCCAUCUUCAGGACCUCUGCCUUACCCCCUCUGGACUGGCCCCUGCCCAGCCAGUAUGAGCAGCUGGAGCUGCGGAUUGAAGUGCAGCCCAGAGCCCACCACCGGGCCCACUAUGAGACUGAGGGUAGCAGGGGAGCUGUCAAAGCUGCUCCUGGCGGCCACCCCGUUGUCAAGCUCCUAGGCUACAGCGAGAAGCCACUGACCCUACAGAUGUUCAUUGGCACUGCAGAUGAACGGAAUCUUCGGCCUCAUGCCUUUUAUCAGGUGCACCGCAUCACGGGCAAGAUGGUGGCCACAGCCAGCUAUGAAGCUGUGGUCAGUGGUACCAAGGUGCUGGAGAUGACACUGCUUCCUGAGAACAACAUGGCUGCCAACAUUGACUGUGCUGGGAUCCUGAAGCUUCGGAAUUCAGACAUUGAGCUGCGAAAGGGUGAGACAGACAUCGGGCGGAAGAACACGCGUGUGCGGCUGGUGUUCCGGGUACACGUGCCCCAGGGCAGCGGGAAGGUCGUCUCAGUGCAGACAGCUUCAGUGCCCAUCGAAUGCUCCCAGCGCUCAGCCCAGGAGCUGCCUCAGGUGGAGGCCUACAGCCCCAGUGCCUGCUCUGUGAGGGGAGGGGAGGAACUUGUGCUGACUGGAUCCAACUUCCUGCCAGACUCCAAGGUGGUGUUCAUCGAAAGAGGCCCUGAUGGAAAGCUGCAGUGGGAGGAAGAGGCCACAGUGAACCGGCUGCAGAGCAACGAGGCCACUCUGACCCUGACAGUCCCCGAGUACAGCAACAAGCGGGUGUCCCGGCCUGUCCAGGUCUACUUCUAUGUCUCCAAUGGGAGGAGGAAGCGCAGUCCUACCCAGAGUUUCAAGUUCCUGCCGGUGAUCUUUAAGGAGGAGCCCCUGCCAGACUCAUCUCUCCGGGGCUUCCCAUCAGCACCGGGUCCCCCCUUUAGCACCGACAUGGACUUCUCACCUCCCAGGCCCCCUUACCCCUCCUACCCCCAUGAAGACCCUGCUUACGAAACUCCUUACCUGUCAGAAGGCUUCCACUAUGGCACACCCCCUCUCUACCCCCAGACAGGGCCCCCACCUUCCUAUAGACCUGGCCUGCGGAUGUUCCCUGAAACUGGGGCUUCCACAGGCUGUGCCCGACCAUCUGCACCCCCCUUUCUUCCCCGACCCUUCCCGAGUGAUCCCUAUGGAGGAAGAGGCUCCCCCUUCCCCCUGGGGCUGCCAUUCCCUCCCCCGGCCCCCUUUAGGCCUUCAUCCCCACCGCUCGAAGGCUCCUUCCCUCCCCAGAGUGGCGUUCACCCCCCACCAGCAGAGGGAUACAAUGAAGUAGGGCCAAGCUACGCUCCUGGAGAGGGGGCCUCAGAGCAGGAGAAGGCCAGGGGUGGCUACAGUGGUGGCGGAGGCGGUGGCGGCUUCCGAGAUAGUGUACCUAUCCAGGGAAUCACGCUGGAGGAAGUGAGUGAGAUCAUUGGCCGAGACCUGAGUGGCUUCCCUGCACCCUCUGGAGAAGAGCCUCCUGCUUGAAGCGUCGCUGGCAGCUCUGCCCACGUCCCCUUCAUCCUGGGGUGGUGGUUCCAGAAGCUUGGCUCAGUCUGGCUCCUUUUUCCCCAGAUUCUGCCUCUUGUCUCCUUCCCACCCUCCCUUCCUCUAGCUGAGUCAUGACCCCAGGCCUGGUGCUUCCUUGGACCACUGGAAGGGGUGGAGGCUGAGGCUGGUGGGGAGACUAAGGGAGUGGAUUGUACACAGGCCAUGGUGCUGGUGAGAGGGGGCGCUGUGGGGAGCAGGUCGACAGCAAUAAACUACUCACUAACUCGCA